GUUCUCCGAUCAGUCUCUGUCUUUAGUAGAGAGAAAAAAACUACAGUGGGCAAAAGAAAGAGAGGAAAUUGCUGCUUUAUGUGGUCAAUGGACAUCCCUAGAUCAAAACUCAGAUCAAGCUCACACCAGGAAUAGAUAUGAAUCAAAAGUCUCGAUGGUCCAUAACCCACAAUUCAGGAAAAACUACCGUGAAGACAUCAGAAGAGGCAGUCUUCCCCCACUUCACAAAAAUCAGUACAACUCUUGUGACAGGUACGAGAGAGAUAAGGAAGGUGGGGAAACUUCUGGAUAUGGAAGUGACAAUCCCAACCAGACUCCCGACUGUAUCCAGAGCUGGAACCAAUCUGGUUACGAAUCAUCUUCAAGCAGAGAUGAUAGACCAAAGUGGGGUGACAAAG